AUGGGCUGUACGGGCUCUAAGCAUGAAUUAUCAGCAGCUGAUUUGGCAUUUUUGAAAAAUCAUACGUCGUAUUCCGAAAAAAAAAUCAAAAAUUGGUACAAAGGUUUUAUGACCGAUUGCCCUAACGGGGAAUUAACGCGUGAGUCAUUUAUCCAAAUCUAUAAACAAUUCUUUCCUAAAGGACGUGCCGAAAAUUUUUGUGAGCAUGUCUUUCGUGCAUUUGACUCUGAUAAUAGUGGAAAAAUUGAUUUUAAAGAAUUUCUACAAGCGAUUAAUAUAACAUCUCAAGGAACGCCUAACAAAAAAUUAGAAAUGGCUUUUCGCAUGUAUGAUUGUAAUGGUGACGGGUCAAUUGAUCAAGCUGAAAUGCGACGAAUUAUAACUGCUAUUUACGAAUUAAUUCCUGAGGAAACCGAUCAAGGAGAACGACAAAUAGAAGCUGAUGAACGUGCACUGAAUAUUUUUCGCAUAAUGGAUAAAAAUUCCGAUGGUAUAUUAAGUCGAGAUGAAUUUAUUGAUGGUUGUUUACACGAUGAGCAACUCUAUCAAUUGCUAACUCAAUCGAAUCGUUUUGGUGACACUCGUGAAUCACAAUCAUCACUUGACGAUUAA